AUGAGCGGUAAGCACGCUGUUCCUGAAAAGAGUGCUGGAACUCAAAAAAAAGAGGGCACAUCAAAUACCAACCCCAACGCUGAUAUAACAAAGGUUAAAAUAUGCUCUGGACAUACAAGACCAAUUUGUCAUAUAAAUUACAGUGAAAUCAUUGAUGGAACGUUUUGGCUUGUCACUUCCUGUCAUGAUGCAAAGCCUAUGUUGCGGAAUGGUGAGACAGGUGAUUGGGUUGGUACAUUUGAAGGCCAUAAGGGUGCAGUAUACUGUUCUGCCUUCAACCAAGGCGCCACACGCUUGGUAACAGGUAGUGGUGAUUACUCUUCUAUGUUGUGGAAUGCUAUCACUGGAGAGAAAUUACAUACAUGGAGCCAUCCCAAGUACAUCAAAUCAUGUGAUUGGAUUGAAAAUAAAAUUGCAACCGGUUGCUUUGACGGCUUGGUUCGCAUUUUUGACGCUACUGCAUACGAUGCAGAGCCCCUUAGCUUUGACAGCCCAGAAAGAGCAAAUCAAGUUAAAGCAACAUACUUUAUUGAUCCUACAACAAUGGUGACAGCGUGUGAAAAUGUUAUAAUGAAAUGGGACCUCCGUGAUACAUCACGACCAUACUUACGAAAAGAAAUUCCAGGACUUAAUUUUCUCGAAUAUACACAUCGCAACAGCAUCGUAGCUGCCCAUGAGAAGAGUAUAUCUUUUAUCGAUACUACCACAUUGGACAUCAAGAGUUCUUUUACUACCACUGAGGAUGUUGAAUGUGCAUCGCUUUCCCCCAAUGGACAAAAUGUGGCGGCAGGCUCCAGAUUAAAGGCUAAGGAAUUUACACUGGAUGGUACAGAAUUAGAGUCUCACAGAGGACACCAUGGGCCUAUUUUCCACAUAAGGUGGGCACCAGAUGGAAAAUCUUUCACAUCCGGAGCUGAGGACGGAAUGGCUCGUAUUUGGCCAUCACAUGAAAUCAUUGAAACUUAUGAUGCUGAUGAAUAG